CUGUACUUGGCCACAUUGGGUGAAAGCCGGGAGUCCGAAGAGCAUUUUGGUGGUUUGAAUCUUUUUGUUUCUGAAUUGCCACGUUAGGAUCUGGUCAACAUCCUUCACACUGGAUUCAGCUCACGGUGAAUCGCGAGGGCGAAGCAGUGGGUUGAUAUAAAAGUGUUUGUUUUUUUUGCACGCUUGUAUAUUUUAAGCGAUUUGCACAAGGAACCACACGCCUCCCGUAUCACCUUGAUUCCGGUGUGAAGUCCUGGAUUGUCCUCUUUUCCAGACUGAAGCAGAAGAGUAGAAACCAGGUGUUUUUUUUUUUUUUUUUUUUUUUAAUACAAUCAUCUGAAGGGCAGUUAUUGAGUUGGUGAACGCAUCCAUCAUCCCUGGGUUCAGUGUGUGUGAGCAGCACUGAAUCCAGCGAGCAUAUCAAGCAGCAACUGAUUGUCAGGUAAUAUUGGCGAUGAAACCUGAUGGGGUGGCCACAGCACCAUCUGAACCAAUGGAAGCUGAAGGAACAGAAGCCAUAACAGAACCAACCAGCAAUGACGGGGCGUCUCAAAAUGGGACUACACCAUCACCCCCACAACCUGAUGAACCCCAAAAUGAGCAAGUGGCUCCUCCAACUGUUAAAGAAGCUUCUGGGAAAGCAGUAGAUGCUAAAAGCAAAUCCAAAGGCCCAGUCAAAGGCAAGAUUGCUGCAGGUCCAGCUACCACUGGACCAGGCACCCGACCCAAAGCAACCCAAAGUCGUGUGGCUAAUGGCCUCACAAAGACUGCAUUGAGUGCCCCAAUCAAGAAACCCAUUCCAGCUAGCACUGUGGCAACAGACAAGAAGAAACCCACCACUACCGUUGGAUUUUCUGGUCCAAGUAAGAAACCCAUUGGCUAUUCUACUGCCGUUGCAACCUCAAGGGCCCAACCUAAAGCAACAACGGCUGGAACAAACAAAUCAACAACAACCACCACAGCCAGUGGAACAAAGACAGUAUCGGCUGCCAGCACAGUCACCAGUCUGAGUAAGAGACCUGCCACUAGUGCUGCAACCAAACCCAAAACCACAGCUCCUGCUCCAAGGCCAGCUGCUGCCCCUGCUGCCAAACCCAGACCUUCAGCCACAGCCAAAACCACUGCAGCUCCCAAAACUAACAGGGCGACUGGAAGUUCUGCUCCCCAACCAGCUGCUACUUCAGCUACAGGAAGAACAGUAACUGGGACAACUACAUCUACUUCUGCAGUUCCUAGAACAAGCCGCACUACUACUAAACCCCUUGUUACAGCAUUAGCUGCUCGGAAAGAUGUUGGAAAAACAAGCACUACGGCACCUGCGAAAAAAAUAGUUCCCUCAACAAUAUCCCGAUCUGCUGCCAGCAAGCCUUCAAAUUCAGAGGCUCCAAAACCAGCUGCAGCUACCAAACGACCUCCACCUAGCAUCAAAGCACCUCAACCCAAACCAGAUGACAAAAAAAGUUUACCAACACGUAAGGUGCCUUCUAGUCCACGAAACAAUCCCUCACGGCCAGCAUCAGGCAAGAACAUUGCAGCACAUCCCAGUCACAAACAACCAGGUAGCAUGGUCAGUGCGAAGCUUCAGCCAACUAAACCAGCACAGUCUGUCAAAGGAAAGCCGGAUAAUACAGAACCUGCAUCAAAACCUGAUGAUAGAGAUCCUGCAACAAAACCUGAUGAUAAAGAUCCUGCAGCAGAACCUGUGCAACUUUCAGCAGCUGCAGUAGCUACUGCUGUAGCAACAGCUGCAGCCAUAGCCUGGGAAGAGUCUGUUUCAGGGCCUGAAGCUACUCCAACUGUAGAGAGUUCUCUGAAUGUUCCAGCCUCUUCUUUAGGUGUUCAGGAAAUGGUAGAUGUGCAGGUCACUAAUGUCAGCUCUCAAAUUGUGCUGGAUAUUUCUAACACUGAGCCAGAGGCUCAAGAGGCCUUAAUAGAAGCUGGUUCUGUUGAAGUGGCUUGUCCGACAUCAUCUGUAGUCGAUCAGGAAUCUGAAGAGCAGGUAUCUGGAGAAGUUGAUGAAAAGCUCAUUGCGGCUGAGGCACCAGUUGCACAGGAAGCAACUGAGCAGGAAAUCUUAACUGCUUCACAAUUUGAUAACUCUGCAGCUACCAUAGUGUCUUCUGGUGUAGAGGUGGCUGAAAAAGCUGAACGGAUUAACAGUGACUGUUAUGAAGAUGUGGAAGAAGAAGAGAGGGAAGGCAGUCAACAAGUGUCUCUGUCAGAAAUGAGUGGCACCCAGCCUACUGAAGAGUCUCGACCUGGGUCAGCUGGGCUUGCCGGCUCCGUUUGGCGGGCAGGGGCCUUGCUCUCUGAGCUUGACUCUGAAGAUGUGAGUUGCAGCCAGCAGGGAGCGUCAGAGCUAAGUGCUCCAGGCGUCCUGGAAGGCACGGAGAGCAUGGAUGAUCUAGGGGAUGCAAGCCUUAAAGGAGCUGAUGGCGAAGGUGCAUCUGUUGGGUCCCCUGACUUUGAGAAGGUUUCUGAUAUUCUUACUAAUGAAGAUGAAGAUGAUGAUGAUGAUGACCGAGUCUGUGACAUGGAGGUUGAGUCCGAAAGAGCAGAGGACUCUCAUAGGCAGCAUCAUGAUAACGAGGAUGAAGAGGAUGAUGAUGUAGAAAUGGCAAGCGAGGGCAUUACUGAGAGUGGGCUUGAAAGUUAUGGGAAUGCAGAUGAGGAUGACUUGACCGAAGACUAUAGAUUAGACAACUUGAACCGAAUCCAGCCUCCUCCUUUGGUUCAUUCUGCCCCUCCAGCAUCCCAGUGGAACCAGCCUAGUUGCUUUGCAGAUGCCUGGGCCCAGCCACCACAACCUGCCUCUACACUUCUUUCAAGUCCUUCCUCUGAAUGUUGGCAAGCAGACCCAGAAACCCCAACACAGACACCUGUUCAAGCAAGACUUGAUGUUAGCUCUGAAAGGGGCUCUCCGUCAAACCUUUUGGAGCCUCCACCUUGCACACCUCAUCAAGCCCCAAUAUCUGCUGCAGAGGGGAAUGUUAGCCCCAAACCAGGCUUGACACCCUCUCAAACCUGCAAGUUCCAGCCUGAUACUUCCAGUGACCCUGGCCUAGCAUCUGACAGUAACGGAGACGUACGUUUACCAGAAGAGGUGAAAGACAACAACUUAUUGGCAACUAAUGAGACUCAUUCUAAAGUGGAGCUCCAGCCAGAACCACUAAACCCUGUCCCCACUGUCUUGCCAGACAUCAUGCAGGAUCUAGGCAUCCACCUUGAAUGUGCUAAUGAGGAAGAGGAACCUGAAACUCUUCCGGCUGAUGAUGUACUGGGUGGUCCAGCAACUGCUCCAUCAUCUCCUUCAUCAGCUACUGAGGAUGAGGCAAGUGACACAGAAGGUGAAAUGCAGAUCAGUGACCCUCAAGCUGAGCUAUCUGGCACUGGGAAUGCCUAUGGAACAGCACCUGCGGGCCGCAACUUGUCAACUCUAGAGGAAUGUGAAGAAAUGGGUGGGGAGAAUGGUGGUGGUAGUGAGACCCCUCAGUCUGCCACUUCUGCCGCAUCCUAUGGCUUUGACUACAUGACCUCUAACUCCAAUGCCCAGUCAUCUGCUGAGAGUUGGAGCAAGAGUCCUGGCAUCUUUUCUCUAGAAAAUGAAGAGCAGCUCCCAGAUGAGGCCAAGGAUCCAUCUCUUCUUAAAGAGUUGACCCUGAUACCCACUACUGCAUCUGAGGAAAAGACUGACCCUAUUAAAAGCCAACAUGGAGAGUUUCAGUCUCACCCAGAGCAGCAGUACAUGCUGUGUGGAGAGUCCAGUGAGCUGCCUGACCCUGAUUCAGUAGCGGGAGCUGUACCCUUAGAGUCUGGCUUGAUUGAUCCUUCAUCCCGACAGCACCAAGAAGAUCUCGACUCUCAGCAUCUCUACUAUUCCACUAUAAGCGAAAAGACUGAUAGUCCCCUGGCAGAAGGAAAUUCUCAUUUUCCACCACAACCAAAUGGCUUGCUUUCUAUCCAAAUGACGAUGUCGUCCAAACUUCGUCUCCGGCCACGUGCUCCCCAUGUGACCCAGCCACCACGGCUUCCCACUGACCUCCCUCCCAGAAUACCAAAUGUGGUGGCAAACAUGCAGCUCCGAUGUCUAGAGCAACACCAACAGCAGCUUCAUGAGAUCCAGCAACGUCAGAAGAAACGUAAUGGAGAACAAGCGAGACAAGAAGAGGAGAAACAAGCAAGGAAUGAGAGAGAGCAGCAGGAGGAAGAACAGAAGAGAAAUUUACUUGAGUUGCAACUUAAGCAGCAACAGCAAGAACUAAAGCAGCGACAGCAGAUCAUGCAGUGGCAAAAAGAACUUGAACAACAACAGCAGCAAAAACACAAGGUGCAUACACCAGUUGUCCUCUCUUCUUCAUCAGGUCUCACCACCAUCUAUGAAACUGUGGAAACAAGUGACGAAGAGGAGGAGGGACAAGGAGUGGUUGAGGAAGUAGAAGAUAUAAGCUCCUUUAUUGUGUGCCCUGGAGAAGACAUGCAAAGAUGCACUGAAGAAAAUAUAUCCGCUAAUCUUUAUUCACAAUGCACAACACCUUCCCCUGAGUCUAUUAUUCAGGGUUCCCAGCGAGAACUUCAGGAGACAGACCCUGCAGCAGACCAAGACAGUCCUUCUCCCUUGGGAUCUCCUGAACGACCUCCGCCUCUGGAGUUUGACUGGGGCAAGAAAGUGGACAUUGUCCAGCAGCUCAUCAAUCAGACAUUACUGCUCGCAGGUGAUGGUUGCUUGCCCCUUCUUCUGCUACCUGGAGGAGCAGGUGGGACACUCAGCCCCCUUGAAAGCAGCCUGUGGCCCAACUUGUUGCCACCUCUGACACCCCCUUCAGCCACUGUGACGUCUGUGAGCAGCUUUUCACCCGAGGCUCCAGGCAGCUCUGCUCAGGGUGAGUGGACCGUUGUAGAGCUGGAGACGCAUCACUGAGGAAAGCUGAAUAAAAUGCUUGCCAAAUAUGAACUUUUGAACUCAAAAGACUUGAGAUGAAGGUCCACCAGUAGGGAAGCGUAUGUUGUAGCAUUAGAUAAUAGAGCCUUCUCUUGAUAAAUUCUUACAGAGGAUCUAGUCAUGGAUUUGACUGGUUCAUCCAUUUUCAUUCUGCAGUAUUUCAGCAAGUGUUGGAGUAGAAAAUUGUGUGAACCUGAAACUGACACUGCAGAACGGUGUGCUGGAUUAUCACCAUCUUGCUCUCUGUUUGGUUUGUCUUUCUCAAGAGUUAUUCUAGUGCAGUGAGCUUUCAUUUCCACUCCCCACCCAUCCAAAAGCAAUGGAACACUACAGUCCAUACUUUUAUGCCACUGAAACAACCUCCCUGCCAAAUUUAUCAUCCAUAUCUGACAUGUCCUCAUGCCAAAAAGCCAUUUCCUUAAGGUUUAAUUGAGAUAUCUGGCUUGCUUGAACUACAUACAUUUAUCUCUUAGUCAUUAUUGAGCCCUCUACCCACAAUGCAGGCAAGAUGCCAACUCAAUGACUGAGCAAGUUAAAACAAAAUAGGCUCCUUUCUCUGACUUCUCGGAGCAGAAGAUCUUUGAAAAAGAUAAAACCUUGAGGUGAAUCGAAACAAGCAGGUUUAAAAUUCAGAUCAAGCAGGCAUUUUUUGUUCUUGCACUAUGAUGAUUUAAAAAAACAAACAAACUGGUUUAAUUCAGCUCUUUUUCAAUCGCGCAAAAUGCUGUUAUUGAAUAAUUCAUUGCUUGUGCAUUCUACUGUUUGUCACAAGAUUUGCAGGAUAAACUACAGAGUGAAAGAGUAUUUUGAAGUAAAUUUGCCGAUUUGACAACUGUAGUUGUUCCAAAUUAAAUGUUUAAUUCUUUGAGUAAUUGUGAUAACUGUAAAAUAGAAGACGGUAUUACAAAUUUUCCAAAGCAUGCACCGCUAUCCACAAUUUUAAACCGAUUUGGUUCAAAGACUGUCUGGUCUAAACCUUAUCUUCAAGAAGCAUGACAAAAAAUGUAGUUUUCUCAAGUAUAUGCAUUGCUGUAACAUUUUAAAAAUCACUGACACCAGAAACUUUGCCACUCUAGAUUAAUGCAUUACAGGAAUUUUUUAUUAUAUGAUGAAUUAUAUUAUUAGUGGUACAGGAAAAACUGUGCAGCUACAUCAAAUGAUCAUCUUUACUGUGAACCUUCUGAACACUGUGCCUCCCUGUCCGAAUUAUGAAUGAUUAGUAUCUAUUUGAGGAACAAGGAGCAGCUCUCAUAACAGCACUCAUGCAAACUGAACUGAAGUUUUCUGGUUUGCUGUGCCUGAGGUUGACUCCCAUGUUUAGAGGGCUGGAAAGACUUUUUUGCUAAAUAAGCACUCAUAUACACUGUCACU